AUGAAGAAUAAUGUAACAGAAUUUGUCCUCCUGGGACUCACGCAGGAUCCUGAAGGCCAAAAGGCACUAUUUGUCUUGUUUUUGCUCAUCUACAUUGUGACAAUGGUGGGGAACCUGCUGAUUGUCAUGACUGUUUUUGCAAGUCCCUCCUUGGACUCCCCCAUGUACUUCUUCCUUGCUUAUCUGUCAUUCAUGGAUGCUGUUUAUUCUACUGCCGUUUCCCCCAAAAUGAUUGCAGACUUACUCUGUGAUAAAAAGACAAUUUCCUUCCCAGCGUGCAUGGGCCAGCUCUUUAUAGAACAUUUAUUUGGGGGUGCUGAAGUCUUUCUUCUGGUGGCAAUGGCCCAUGAUCGCUAUGUGGCCAUCUGCAAGCCACUGCACUACAUGACCAUUAUGAAUCGACAAGUUUGCAUCCUGUGGUUGAUGGUGGCCUGGGUGGGAGGGUUUUUGCAUUCUAUAGUUCAACUCCUCUUUGUGUAUAGACUCCCCUUCUGUGGCCCUAAUGUCAUUGAUCACUUCAUUUGCGACAUGUACCCCUUAUUGGAACUUGCUUGCACCGACACCUACUUUGUAGGCCUCACUGUGGUGGCCAAUGGUGGAGCCAUCUGUAUGGUCAUCUUUAUCCUUCUACUAAUCUCUUAUGGGGUCAUCCUAAACUCCCUGAAGACUCACAGUCAAGAAGGGAGGCGCAAAGCUCUGUCGACCUGUAGCUCCCACAUCACAGUGCUUGUCCUCUUUUUCGUCCCCUGUAUUUUCAUAUAUGUUCGACCAGUUUCCAACUUUCCCAUUGAUAAAUCUGUGUCUGUGGUUUUUACCAUGGUCACUCCUAUGUUGAAUCCUCUGAUAUACACCUUGAGAAAUUCUGAGAUGAAAAAUGCUAUAGAAAAACUCUGGAGGAAAAAGUUAAUCAAAGGCAGAAUAAGAAUAUGCACCCAGAAUGAAAAUAUCAUUGCUAAUUCUAAUGCAACACACUUUGAUAAUAAAGUAUCACAAUGA